GCGACUCGAGCGCGUCGGGCUUAAUUGAUUUUCGGCUGCCAGCGCGACAGUUCACGUUUUGCUUUCUCUUGUCUUUGUCCACCUUCAGGUUGCUCUUUGGCACAAGGAACCUCCAACCUCGAUCACCUUGCUUAGUUUUUGACAGCUCUUGACACCCUCCAUUGGACUUUGACUUUGGUUUUCGAGAUAUUUAAUUGCUCUCAGCUCGACACAAAAUGCCCCCUAAGAAGGAGCCCGUCAUCAGUGCCUUUGAGCGGAAGCGUUUGGAGAAUAUUGCGGCGAACAAUGCGAUCCUCAGUGGGAUAUCAGCGACGGCUGAUAAGAUCAUCCCUUCGAAAGCGACACCCACGAAAACCAAGGCGAAAAAAUCUACGCCACGUAAACGCGAACCGACCAAAGUCGCCCACCAGCCCGCCACAAGAAGAAGCACGCGCUUAGCUGGUGUCGACGCUGACAACGACACCCUUAAGCGCAAGUUUGAGGUCGAGGUCGAGGCCGCGGCUGAGAAGGCGAAAGCCAAGAAGCUCCGAGUCAACGGAGACUUGCAGCUAGGAGACAUUUCGGUAGAGGGGCGCAAAUGGGAAGGCGGUGUUGACGGACUCGGGCUGCUCAAGGGCUUGUCAGUUCGCGGUGCCCAACCUGGUGUCAAAACCUUUGACGAAGACGAUGUCGAGGAGACUUCAGAUGAGAAUCUCAAGGAGCUGAGACUGCGCAUGCGCAAUCUCAAGAUGUACGAUAAAUGGCCAGUUGCCGACAUUAAGAUUGUUCCGCAGCGCAUCUACUCAAUGGGCUUCCAUCCAACAGAGGACAAACCGAUCAUCUUUGCCGGUGAUAAGGAAGGGGCCAUGGGUAUCUUCGAUGCGUCCCAAGAGCCGAUCAAGACCGAAGAUGACGAAGACGAAGAAAGCUACUCUGACCCCGUGAUAUCAGCAUUCAAGACGCACGCUCGCACCAUUACCUCUUUUCAAUUUUCCUCCGUCGAUGCCAAUGCCGUCUACACAUCCUCUUACGAUUCCUCCAUCCGCAAGCUCGACUUGGACAAGGGGGUAUCCACUCAGGUUUUUGCCCCGGUCGAUGCAGGCGUGGAGCUUCCCAUCAGUGCAAUGGACAUACCAUCGACGGACCCUAACACGAUUGUAUUCUCGACGCUAAAUGGUCAGCUUGGACGCCAUGACAUCCGGACCAAGCCGGCGGAUGCUGAGAUCUGGCAUCUCGUGGAUCCUAAAAUCGGAGGGUUUUCUUUACAUCCUCUACAGCCUCACCUUGUGGCUGCCGCAUCGCUCGACCGCACUUUAAAGAUCUGGGACUUGCGGAAAAUACAAGGGACGGGGGAUAUGCGAAAGCCCGUCUUGCUGGGAGAGCAUGAGUCCCGCUUGUCUGUCUCACAUGCUAGCUGGAGCAGCGCCGGCCAUAUUGCGACGUCUAGCUACGAUGAUACCAUCAAGAUCUACUCUUUCCCUGAUGCGGGCUCCUGGAAAGCAGGCGUCGAGCUUUUUGACGACCAGAUGGAACCAGUGCACAAGAUUGCCCAUAACAACCAAACUGGACGCUGGGUAACCAUCUUGAAGCCUCAGUGGCAGAAGAGCCCAUUUGACGGGAUUCAAAAGUUCGCCAUUGGCAACAUGAACCGGUUCGUGGACAUUUAUGCGGCGAACGGAGAGCAACUGGCACAGCUGGACGGCGAUGGCAUCACGGCUGUGCCGGCUGUAGCGCAUUUUCACCCUACAUUGGAAUGGGUUGCGGGCGGUAAUGCCAGCGGCAAGCUGUGCCUGUGGAUGUAGCUUCUCUGUAAUAUCUUAGGAAAUGGUUGAAGGGUUGUGUGGCUGGUUGGUUGGCAUUGAGUGUGGGACGAGGCGUGCGAGGUGAUGAUACCAUGUACAAUGCAACGGGAGUAAUGUGUAGUGUUUUGUAUGAGAAACUUUUGUAUGACUUGGAGGAGGAGAAGGCAGAACCUGGAAUAAUUAUAUUAUAUACAAUGCUGGGCUACCAAC